AUGGAGACCUCACCCCCCAAACGUCGGAAACUGUCGCAGUCCGCCGAUGCAACAAUGCUUGGCUCUGCCACUCUCGAAGCAGCCGCUAGUUCGGCCGGCAUGUACCGACCCAGUACCUUUAUCCUGGAAACCGAGGAGCUACUCAAAGAAGUAAAGGUAGACUCUACAAAGUCGCUUACAGGCGUUGAAGAGCUGCUGCAUCAAGUGAAGAGCGCCGUUGAAGCUCUUCAAGGCCAUGAACCAGUUCCCAUACACGAUGCCAUCCAGAAGUUCGAAAACAAGCAUGACAUUGUCAUUCCUUUCCCUGAACCACGCCCAAGCCAAGAUUCGCCCUACAAGCUUUCCUUGGACACACCAUCGACAUUCAACGUUGUGGGGAGCUAUGUCCUCAAAACCAUGGUCAAGUCUCAGGGUGAUCUAGCCGUCGACAUGGUCAUUGAGAUGCCUAAGUCUAUGUUCCAGGAAAAGGACUUUCUGAACUUGCGGUACUUCUACAAAAGGUCAUACUUCCUGGCGAACGUUGCUGCGGCAGUGCGCAAGGCACUGCCUGACCUCGAGGUUUCUUUUGAGAAUAUUCACGAAAACCCACUCGCUCCCAUUCUCUGUGUACAAAAGUCAUCCGCCAAUGCGGGAACCAAGAAGCGACAGUCCAAUGGCUCUAAAAUUUGCUUGACAGGAGGGCCCAAGGUUUUGGUCAUCCCAUGCGCCCCCGCCGAUCUGUUUCCGAAGAAUAAGCUCACUUCCACAAGCAAUUGCAUUCGUUCUUCAACUGCCGACGAGAAAAAGGAGACUCAGCCACCAACACCAUUUUACAACUCUACCGUCAAGUCUGACAGCCUAUACUUUGCGUAUUUCAAGACCCUCUUACAGACCAAAAAGUCGUCGCCAGCUUUCCUGGACGCUUGUACUCUUGGACGCGUGUGGCUUCACCAGAGGGGAUUCAGCGGGUCGAUCUCACGUGGCGGUUUCGGACACUUUGAAUGGGCGUUGCUGUUGACUCUGCUCAUGCAGGGUGGCGGUGGACGCAAAGGCGAAGCAGCUUUAUCUUCGUCACUCAGCAGCCACCAAUUAUUCAAGGCGACCAUGCAGUUUCUGGCAAAGUCAGAUUUCACCAGUGGCAGCCACAGACCUGUGAUACUCGGAAAGUCUAGCGCUGAUAUCUCAUCCGAUGGCACACGCGAGCCUGGUCCUGUGCUCUAUGAUGCGGCCAGACAACACAACUUUGCGUACAAGAUGAGCCCUUGGUCGGCAUCACUCCUCAGGAAACACGCGAAGUGGACACUGGAUCUUUUGAACGACAGCACUGUAGAUCAGUUUUCGCCAACAUUCAUCAUGAAAGCGGACGUACCCCUCCAAGUCUUCGACUUGGUCGUCAAGGUACCGUGUCCUGAUGCUAAGAAUUCUGCAAGUUCUGUAUCUCGAGGACCGACAUUCGAAUUCGCAAAUCGGGUGUAUAAGAUUAUCAACAAAGCUCUGAGCGAGCGUAGUCAGCUUGUGCAUGUUCAAAUCCCAGAACAGCACCACUGGUCUAUAUCGGAACCGGCGGCUCGACAGGAAACCGGUGAGCUUCUAGUUGGGGUCAUAUUCAACCCUGCUGAGAUGGCUCGCACCGUCGAUCACGGGCCAUCUGCCGAGGAUAAAGUGGAGGCCAGAAAGUUCCGGCAGUUCUGGGGUGAACGAUCGGAGCUGCGACGUUUCAAAGACGGCACUAUUCAAGAGACACUUAUCUGGAAGCAGACCACUGCUUUUGGUGUUUGCGAAGAGAUUAUUGCUUAUAUUCUCAACCUGCAUCUCAAGAUACAUCACGAUGAACUCGAGUUCCGCGGCAAUGGCUUUACGUCCCUCAUUCACGCGAAGCCCACAGAUUCAACGGCCUACUCUGCUGCCGUACAGGCUUUUGCUGAUCUCGAAAGAGAGAUAAGGGGCCUGGAAAACUUGCCACUUCAAGUGAGACAAGUGGCUCCAGCGGCAGCAGAACUUCGCUCAGCUUCAGUGAAGCCACCGCAAUUGGACUCUGCUCGGGGGCCAUAUAGGCCAAUGGAUAUUGUGAUAUACUUUGAGGCUUCUGGGAAAUGGCCUGACAACAUCGCUGCAAUUCAGAGGACUAAGGUUGCUUUUCUACUCAAGAUUGGCAGUAUGCUGGAGUCGGCAAACUCAAGUAUUACCACUCAUGUCGGGCUUGAAGACGCUGAGCAUGAGCAACAAAACCUUGCAUUUUUGGAUAUAGUCUACGACGAAGGUGCAGUUUUUCGACUACGAGUUCAGAGCGACCUUGAGGAGAGUCUAUUUGAGAGGCAGACCAAAGAUAAAACACUCGACCAACAUGUGCGCGCCGAAAGCUCGAACCACCUUGCUACUUUCCGACGCCAAUAUACCCAUCUCCCGAUGCUGAACAGGACAGUUUCUACCCUCUGCACGCGUUUCCCUGCCCUCUCUUCAACGAUUCGUCUAGCGAAGCAUUGGUUCAAUUCUCACAAAUUGAGCAAUCAUAUACUACCUGAAGCGGUUGAGCUGAUGGUCCUUCACGCGUUCCUCAACCCUGCGCCCUGGCAGACACCCACAAGUGCCACCACCGGGCUACUUCGAACAUUACUGUUGCUUUCCAAAUGGGAUUGGCGAAACGAUCCUCUGGUCGUCGACCCGUCUGCAGAUAUGAAUAGCGAAGAGCGGAAGGCAGUUGCUACAAGGCUCACGGCAUGGAGGCAGACGCUGGAUCCUGCCAUGAACCGCACUGUUCUGGUUGUUGCUACGCCUUCUGAUGCCACCGGAACUGCUUUUACCACUGUGGACGGCCAACCCUUCCCAAGUCGUGUAGCUGCUUCACGAAUGACUGCCCUCGCACGCUCGGCGUGUCGGCUUGUUCGCGAAAAGGGGGUGGACCUGGAGCCUCGCAUGUUGUUUGUGCCUUCUACCGCCGAAUACGACGUCUUGGUGCGGCUGGAUGGGUCUGUAGUCAAGAAGUUCGCCUCACUCAAAGAUGGCAAUGCGCCAAAGUCAAAGUUCAAGAAUCUGGACCCGUCGAUGGCGCAAGGUCGCGUACCACUGGCCAGGGAUCCUGUUGACACUCUUUUGGGAAGAUUGUCUGAUGUUUACGGCUCAACUCUUGUGUUCUUCUACGGUGGCUCUCAGGAUGCUGUCAUCGGUGGCUUGUGGAACCCUAUGCUGGCGAGGCGGUCUUUCCGUGUCAACUUGCCGUGCUCGUUCAAGCCAGUCGAACAAUCAAAAUCGACGGCGGAAACCAAAUCAGAACAAGACGAGGACAAUGAAAGUAGUGAGAAUGAGGGCGAUGAUCUAGUUGAGGUUAAUCGAGACGCUAUUUUGUCCGAAAUAGCGAGGAUAGGAGGCGACUUGAUUGAGAGCAUCGAGGUGAAGAAAGGUGGUUAG